UGUUAUUUGCUUGCACUGAUAAGAAAGCAAACACUUGCAAUUUAAUGAUUACAAUGAUCGUUGCAUGCGUUAAAUUUUUGAGGUCACCGCGGACUACAUUCGUCAGUUAGUGAGAUUAGCAAACUAUUAAAAUGCAGUUCAUACCAACAGAACAUUCGCACCGGAGGCUUAAUCCUUUGACUGGACAAUGGAUAUUAGUAUGUCCACAUCGCAUGUUACGUCCUUGGGCAGGACAAGAGGAAACGCCACAAAAAUAUGAUUUACCAGACUUUGAUCCCACCAAUCCACUGUGUCCCGGUGUGACUCGUCCGAAUGGAAUUCAAAAUCCUAAUUAUACCAGUACAUUUGUUUUUACAAAUGAUUUUCCAGCACUAUUGGAAAAUGUACCAGAACCGCAACCAGUUGCUGAUCCACUUUUUCAAGUAGCACCUGCACGUGGUACUUGCCGUGUGCUCUGUUUUCAUCCGAAAUCGAAUUUAACUUUGCCACAAAUGAAUGUUGGUGAUAUUAAAAACGUCAUUAAUGAAUGGAUUACACAAUAUAAUGAACUAUGCAUGCAAUAUAAGUGGGUGCAAAUAUUUGAAAAUAAAGGUGCCUCAAUGGGUUGUUCAAACCCUCAUCCGCAUUGUCAAAUUUGGGCAUGUUCAUUUAUGCCUUCCGAACCGCUUAUGAAGCAUGAAAAACUAAGAAGUUACUAUGAACAACAUGGACGACCACUUUUAGAUGAUUAUGCUAAACGUGAAUUGGAAAAGAAUGAAAGAGUGGUUAUAGAGAACCCAGAUUGGUUAGUUGUUGUGCCUUACUGGGCUGCUUGGCCAUUUGAAACUAUGAUAAUAAGUCGCAAUCAAAACAAACGACUUAACGAUUUAACAGCAUCCCAAAGAGAAAAUUUAGCACGCACUAUGAAAGAAAUCACGACUAAAUAUGAUAACUUAUUUAAGUGUUCGUUUCCCUAUUCGAUGGGUUUUCAUGGUGCACCUACUGCUGAUGAAGAACAAAAAGAUAAUUCUCAUUGGACAUUGCAUGCCUUAUACUAUCCACCUUUAUUGCGAUCGGCUACAGUACGCAAAUUUAUGGUUGGGUUUGAGUUACUAAAUGAGCCACAGCGUGACUUAACACCAGAGCAAGCAGCUCAACGGUUGAGGCAAACUGAUGGACAAAAGCAUUACCUGCAAUGAUGUGAUCAUGUCUCAAAUCACUGAAUUUUUAAAACCAAAGAAAAAAUGUUAAACAAAAUUUAAAUCGAAAUAACGCAAAAGUGUGGUGAAACCUAAUAAUCAAAGUAAAUUUUAUGAAAUAAAAUUAAAGGAGUUAUAGAGUUAAUUAGUACUUUUUAUAGAUGUAAUUAGUUCUGUUUUUAAAAUUUUGUGUUUAUGUAUUUUGGAAAGUUUUAAACAAUAAAUUAAUU